CCUAUUGGUGCUUUGAACCCAAAGAGAGCAGUCUUCUAUGCAGAACGAUAUGAGACAUGGGAAGAUGAUCAGACUCCACCUUAUCAUUACAACACCCACUACUCUACAUCUACUUCUACAUUGGCUUGGCUUGUUCGUAUUGAGCCCUUUACAACGUUCUUUCUAAAUGCAAAUGAUGGCAAGUUUGACCACCCAGAUCGAACCUUCUCUUCGGUAGCCAGGUCUUGGAGGAACAGCCAAAGAGAUACCUCAGAUGUGAAGGAGUUAAUUCCAGAGUUUUACUACCUACCAGAGAUGUUUGUCAACAGUAAUGGCUAUAAUCUAGGAAUCAGAGAAGAUGAAAUUGCUGUGAAUGAUGUAGAUCUCCCCCCAUGGGCCAAGAAGCCUGAAGACUUCGUCCGUAUCAACAGGAUGGCCCUGGAAAGUGAGUUUGUAUCAUGUCAACUUCAUCAGUGGAUUGACCUUAUAUUUGGCUACAAGCAACGAGGACCAGAAGCAGUACGUGCACUCAAUGUUUUCCACUACCUAACGUAUGAAGGCUCUGUGAACCUGGACAGUAUCACUGAUCCUGUCCUCAGGGAGGCCAUGGAGGCGCAGAUACAGAACUUUGGACAGACGCCAUCGCAGUUGCUCAUUGAGCCCCAUCCACCUCGGAGCUCUGCCAUGCACCUGUGUUUCCUUCCACAGAGCCCCCUCAUGUUUAAAGAUCAGAUGCAGCAGGAUGUCAUCAUGGUGCUGAAGUUCCCAUCAAAUUCCCCCGUCACACACGUGGCAGCCAACACACUGCCCCACCUGACCAUUCCUGCCGUGGUGACCGUCACCUGCAGCAGGCUGUUUGCAGUCAAUCGGUGGCACAACACAGUAG